UAUAUAAAAUUAUGGGAAGAAGAUUUGAGAUUCUUACAACUCACUCUUGGCUCACAGAUUCUAAAAAGAUAUAUAACCUUUUUUAUCACUAGAAUAAAGCUUUCAAUUCUCUAUAUCCAUUAAAACCCACGUUCCUCAUUAAUUCUCGGAUAAGACAACCUUCUCCUCCGUGUUGCUGACUCUCCCUUCUUUCUCAUGUAUAUAUUUUCCAUUUCUGUGUCUCCUCCAUCCCUGUAUCACCAUCUUUUGGCUCAUUAAUUCCUGGGUUUGUGCUUCAUUCUGGGAUUUCUAUUGAUUGGGUUUUGUCUGAAGUAGAAAUUGUCGGAAUUUGAAAAUGAGUACUGAGUUUGAGGCACAAUCCAACUUUACUGAAUCUGGGAAUUAUGGGUGUUCCCAUUACAGGAGAAAAUGCAAGAUCAGAGCACCUUGUUGCAAUGAGGUAUUUGAUUGCAGACAUUGUCAUAAUGAAGCUAAGAACUCCUUGGAAACUAAUCCUCUGGAUCGACAUGAUAUUCCACGUCAUGAUGUUACUAAGGUCAUAUGCUCCGUCUGUGGCACAGAACAAGAUGUUCAGCAGAAUUGCAUAAAUUGUGGAGUUUGUAUGGGGAAGUACUUCUGUGCAAAGUGCAAAUUCUUCGAUGAUGAUAUCGCAAAGAAUCAAUACCACUGUGAUGAAUGUGGCAUAUGCAGAACUGGUGGUCAGGAAAAUUUCUUCCAUUGUAAACAAUGUGGAUGUUGCUAUUCAAAGUUAAUGAAAGAUGCCCACCGUUGCGUGGAAAGAGCAAUGCACCACAAUUGCCCUGUUUGCUUUGAGUUUCUGUUUGACACUAUGAAAGAUAUAACUGUGUUGCCUUGUGGACAUACGAUACAUUUGGAAUGUGUGAGAGAGAUGGAACAGCAUUACAGGUACUCAUGCCCAGUGUGCUCCAAGUCCAUCUGUGACAUGUCCAGAUUAUGGAGAAAGCUUGAUCAAGAGAUUGCUGCAACUCCAAUGCCUGAUAUUUACCAAAAUAAAAUGGUGUGGAUUCUCUGCAAUGAUUGUGGUGCAAACUCCCACGUAAGAUUCCAUAUAGUGGCGCAUAAAUGUCUAAGCUGCAAGUCCUACAAUACCCGACAGACACAAGGAGGCGCAGGCGGAUCUUGCUCGUCAGGCAUGGCUGAAAUGGUGAGAUGACUGUUGGUUUAACUACAAAAGGCAUUCAAAUCCUCCUGCAUUCAUCCGUCUGCUCUUGGCUACGAGCUAAAUGUUCAAGAUGCAUCAAAUUUGCAGUCAAAGCCAACUUGUGCAGAUUGAUUUUUGCCGAUGAAAACUUGGUUUAAUGUUCCAACAUGAGGUUACUAACCAACAAGAACCUCUUUACUUCAAAUUUAUGUAGUAGAUUUUCCUCUCUUUUUUUCUUCUGCAUCUCUAUAAUUAAAGGAAAUGAAGUAGACUAUCUUCUGAAUGAAGAAGUUUUAGUAUAUUGAAGUUUAAUGUACUUGUAGGAUGUCAAUUAUUUUUAAUUUUUU